AUGCUAGGAGUUUUGAUUGCACCGCAAUCUCGCGGCAACAUCACACUGAAAUCUGCCGAUACGAAUGACCUGCCAAUUAUCAACCCCAACUGGCUUGACAACACCGCAGAUCAAGAAGUUGCCAUUGCCAUGUUCAAACGCAUGCGUGAGGCAUUUCAAAGCGAUGCUAUGGCACCAGUGGUCAUUGGCAAGGAGUACUAUCCUGGCGAAGCCGUCCAGAGCAACGCAAACAUUCUGGAGUUCAUCAAGAACAACGUGAUGACUUUGUGGCACGCUGCUUGUACUUGCAAGAUGGGUAGUUCAGACGAUGACAUGGCGGUUGUUGACUCUCAGGCCCGCAUCUAUGGUGUUCAGGGUCUUCGCGUGGUCGAUGCCAGCGCAUUCCCAUUCCUGCCUCCGGGUCAUCCCCAAUCGACGGUUUGUAAGUCUGCUUCUCUGCAUCUUGCUUUGGAUUAG